AUGCGCUGCAGCAGGGCAGCUCUGUCGUGCAAGAAGAGAGCGAGGGCAGUAACUGCUCAGGGCUGCUUUCGUGUAAAUGUCAUGACGACGCUUGGCUCGGUCGCUCUUGUCCUUUUGCAAUGCAUGCGAUUUCUGGCAGUCGGCUGCAUUUCCAGACGGGCAACGCUUCAGCAAUUACACGGAAUCAGUACAUUCUCGCACGACGAGCGCCACUGUACCGCUCACACGUGGGUGAACGGAGAAAAUAGGGAAAACUCCUUCAGCCGUUCCCGAAGCUCCAGCGUGUCCAGUAUCGACAGGGACUCAAAGGAGGCAAUUACUGCUUUGUACUUCAUGGAGUCCUUUGCCCGAAAGAACGACUCCGCUGUCUCGCCCUGUCUCUGGGUCGGAACUGGCCUCGGUAUGGUCUUAAUCCUCUCCCUUAAUCUGCCUGCUAGUGACGACUUACGGCAGUCAGAGCCAGUGAUGGUGUCGCCAAGUGGCACAGUUCUGACACUGAAAGGAGCCGUGCUGACCUUCGCGUGCUUGGACUGCAUGGGGACGUUGACACAUCCACCGUAUGAAGUAUGGAGGGACCCACACAGUGCUGAUGAUGGUGAAAAAACAAGGAAAAGGAAACUUGUCAUGCAUUCCCCUUCCUCCUCCCAGGAUAUGGGUGAUCAUCAAUUUGCAGUCAUUUGUUCAGAAAAACAAGCCAAAGUCUUCUCAUUGCCUUCCCAAACAUGUCUUUAUGUCCACAACAUCACCGAAACGUCCUUUUUAUUGCGAGCAGAUGUGGUCACCCUCUGUAACAGCGUCUGUCUGGCGUGCUUUUGUGCCAAUGGGCACAUCAUGACACUGAGCUUGCCCAGCCUUCGCCCGCUGCUGGACAUCAACUAUUUGCCGGUAACAGACAUGAGGAUAGCGCGGACCUUCUGUUUCACCAACGAAGGGCAAGCUUUGUACCUCAGCUCUCCCACAGAGAUCCAGCGCCUGACGUACAGCCAGGAGAUGUGUGACAAUCUGCAGGACAUGCUUGGGGAUUUGUUUACUCCUGUGGAAACACCAGAAGCCCAAACCAGAGGCUUUCUCAAAGGACUUUUUGGAGGAAGUGGACAAGCUUUUGACAGAGAGGAGCUUUUUGGUGAGGCCACGGCAGGAAAAGCCUCUCGCAGUCUUGCCCAGCACAUCCCUGGGUCAGGUGGAAUUGAAGGCGUGAGAGGAGCCGCAGGAGGAGUCAUUGGGGACUUGACUCGUGCACGCAUUGCCCUUGAUGAGAGAGGACAGAAACUGGGAGAGCUGGACGAAAGGACUGCGAGCAUGAUGGCCAGCGCAGAGGCAUUUUCCAAACAUGCACACGAGGUGAUGCUGAAAUACAAGGACAAAAAGUGGUACCAGUUUUAGACUUUCAAAGAAGCUGCUUGUGGCUUUAUUAAGAACGCUGUUCAGGGAAGCAGCAUUCAUUCCCAAAUCUACCAGUCACUGGCCAGAGACAGUUUCUUCUCCUAGAAGAUGCUUUCCUGUUACUAUUAUUGGAUUCAUCACAGUGGGAGUCAAGGAGAAAUUUUACAGACUGUGAGACGGAAGAUAGAAGAUAGGAUCAUGUGGGUCUUAACUCCAACAGCUGGCUCGUGCGGUAGCCAAUUUUUUUCCAAAAGGAACUCAACCAUCACUGUGGCAUGUAGUUUUUCAGAAGCUGUAGGUAUGAACUGUGGGGAGUGCGUCUGGUUAAAAAUAUUCUGUACAAACUCGAAUGUUAAUGCACUUAUAAAACUUUGCAUGAAUAAUUGACAUCUU